AUGCCAGUCGGACGCCAACUCCUUCAGCUUGCUUGGAGCGAACUCUCAGCUAAGAACAAGGGCCCGGCCGGCGGUGGUGAUGUACCGCCAGACGAGGACUUUGGAGAUGGCGAGGGCCCACCUCCCACUACGGAGAAAGGCAACCUGGCCAGUAACCUCAAGAACAUCUUUGCCAACGAGCCAGGAAACAAGAAGAGCAAGUCAUUCGCGCUGCUGAAAUCCCUGAUCCGCUUCUUCCAGUUCGUCCUGGGUCUCACCGUCAUCGGUCUCUACGGCCAAGACGUAUCGAAAGACCAUUCCAACCAGAAACAGGCCAACCCGAAAUGGGUCUUUGCUGUCGCCGUUGGCUCCAUAGCAACCAUCGAUGCCGCCGUCCACAAAUUUUUGCCCUGCUGCCUGAGUAGGGUUAAGGCUAAGCCCGAAUUCCUUCUGCCGCAGCUGGUAUGGGAGGCGAUCAUCGUCUUGUUGUGGCUGGUGAUGUUCAUCAUUUUCGGCACGAUGUAUAUCGGCCAAUACGCGACGUCGGACUCGAGUUCGGACUCGGAGCUUGGGGAUGGGUCGAAGAUCACGCGGAUGCGGCAUGCGGUGUAUGUUGAUGCAAUUAAUUUGGUGAUGUGGAUGAUGACCACAAGCUUUGUUGCGUGGCGUUGGUGGCGGAAUAAGCGUGAGAAUGGCCGCUCCCAUAUCGCUGAUGCUGAGGAGGGUGGUGGUGGUAUGGGUGGCAUGGAUGACGGUAUGGGCGGCAUGGAUGAUGGUAUGGGCGGCAUGGAUGAUGGUAUGGGUGGCAUGGAUGACGGUAUGGGUGGCAUGGGAGAGGAUGGUGAGAGGGAUAUGGAUAUGGAUAUGGAUAUGGAUAUGGGCGGCCAUGAGGAUGAGGAGAUUCAUGAUGGACCCGGUGAACAUGAUGGGCCCGGUGAAUUUGAUGGGCCCAAUGAACAUGAUGGACAUGAAGGAUUCGACGGCGAAAAUGAUCACCACGAUGAUUUUGCCGAGAAACAACAUCCCCACGAGGAAGUUUAA